CUUUGCUAACGAGGACCGGGCAGCGUUCAUUUUAGCCCUGCCCAGUAGGAAUCUGUUUCCUACCACGGUCCACUCAGAAAAACUGUGCCUUUCAACCUCCUCGGUCCCUCGGGACUACAAACCCCAGAAGGCAUCGCGGCCCAGCCUCGGACUUGCGCGGUAGCGUUCGUUGUAAAGUGCUAUGACAACAGGGCGAAGAUGGCUUGGAGCUAGGCAGGAGCGGGGAAGUGUCCCUUCCGCUGCUGCUGUCCUUUUUCUACUGCUUCCCACUCACUGCCUCCUUCAUCAUUUCCUCCUUUUUGUGAGCGGUAGGACUUGCCGUUGUUCUCGCCUACCUGGUCCCUUCCUAGGGACUGAUGCCGUUUCUCCUGCUUGUCUCCGGGGGUGACUGAGAAGGGAUGCAGGGGAGCUCCUUGCGGGGAUCGCUCCAACUCUGUGGAACUGGUGGUGCUACCUGGUGAAGCUCUGUCUUUGCCCGGGACGUGGAAAAAGUUGCAACAGGAGAACAAGAGCGAGUGGUGAAGCUAAGGGUUGCUUUUCUCUGCACGCUUCGUUCUCGCUCUGGUUGUUUCAGCCCUGGGACUCUGGCAGGCAUUCUUACAGGGAAGGUAGGCAGGACCCGCAUGCCUUGGCAUCAGGAUCUUUGGGUUAUCAUUGCUGCAGCCAUCCUGGUAGUCAUCCUUCCGUAUUGCAGACUAAGCCCAAUGAGGUGUUAAAGCAUCUGUAUCUUAAAUGAAAACUCAAUCUGAGUAAUCUUGGUGUUGAAGGUAACAUGUAUUGAACGAAAAUGUCUUUAUUUAAAGCCCGUGAUUGGUGGUCUAUUGUUCUGGGAGAAAAAGAAGAAUUUGAUCAAGGCUGUUUGUGUUUGGCUGAUGUUGACAAUACUGGAAAUGGACAAGAUAAAAUAAUUGUGGGUAGCUUUAUGGGAUAUCUAAGAAUCUUUAACCCCCAUCCUGUAAAAACAGGAGAUGGAGCUCAAGCUGAAGAUUUGCUUCUAGAAGUGCAUCUACAAGAUCCAAUACUGCAAGUGGAAGUAGGAAAGUUUGUUUCAGGUACUGAAAUGCUUCAUUUGGCUGUGUUACAUUCUAGAAAACUCUGUGUCUACUCUGUCUCAGGAACCUUGGGUAAUGUGGAACAUGGGAACCAAUAUCAGAUCAAACUGAUGUAUGAACAUAACCUUCAGAGAACAGCCUGCAAUAUGACUUAUGGAUCAUUUGGUGGUGUAAAAGGUCGAGAUUUAAUUUGUAUCCAGUCUAUGGAUGGGAUGCUGAUGGUGUUUGAGCAGGAAAGCUAUGCUUUUGGGAGAUUUCUCCCUGGUUCUCUUCUUCCUGGCCCUCUUGCUUACAGUUCCCGUACAGAUUCCUUCAUUACUGUUUCUUCCUGCCGACAAGUGGAAAGUUACAAGUACCAAGUACUUGCUUUUGCAACGGAUGCAGAUAAAAGACAGGAGACUGAACAACAAAAACUUGGUUCUGGAAAAAGACUAGUUGUGGAUUGGACUCUAAAUAUUGGAGAGCAAGCCCUUGAUAUCUGUAUCGUCUCUUUCAAUCAGUCAGCGUCUUCUGUUUUUAUUCUUGGUGAGAGAAACUUUUUUUGCCUUAAGGAUAAUGGACAAAUUCGAUUCAUGAAGAAACUUGAUUGUAGCCCAAGUUGUUUUCUCCCAUAUUGCUCAGUUUCUGAAGGAACAAUAAAUACUUUAAUUGGAAACCAUAAUAACAUGUUGCAUAUUUAUCAGGAUGUGACACUGAAGUGGGCCACUCAACUUCCCCACAUUCCCGUAGCAGUAAGAGUGGGUUGUUUACAUGAUUUAAAAGGAGUGAUAGUCACUCUGAGUGACGAUGGUCACUUGCAGUGUUCAUACCUGGGGACAGACCCUGCUCUGUUCCAUGCUCCAAAAGUUGAAUCUAGAGAACUAAACUAUGAUGAGCUUGAUACAGAACUGAAAGAACUUCAGAAAAUCAUCAAGGAUGUUAAUAAAUCACAAGGUAUUUGGCCCAUGACUGAGAGGGAGGAUGACUUGAAAGUUUCUGCCAUGGUUUCUCCUAACUUUGACUCACUGUCUCAAGCUACCGAUGCUGAGGUGGGAACUGACCUUGUCCCUUCAGUCACAGUGAAGGUCACAUUGCAGAGUCGAGUGGCAUUGCAAAAAGCCAAAUUAUCAAUCUACGUGCAGCCACCUUUAGUACUGACCAGUGAUCAGUUCACGUUUGAAUGUAUAGCACCAGAGAUGACUAGAGCAGUAGCCUUUUCUAUUUUUGCGAAAGGAAAUUAUACACCACCAGAAUUGGAAGGAAAUGCUGUUGUUUCUUAUUCCAGACCAACAGAUCGAAAUCCUGAUGGUGUUCCUCGAGUUAUCCAGUGUAAAUUUAGACUUCCCCUGAAAUUAAUCUGCCUACCAGGUCAGCCUUCGAAAACUGCAAACCACAAACUAACUAUUGAUACCAACAAAUCCCCAGUCAGUCUUCUCAGUCUCUUUCCAGGCUUUGCUCAUCAGUCAGAAGAUGAUCAGGUGAAUGUAAUGGGUUUUUGCUUCUUAGGAGGUUCCCGAGUUACUCUUCUUGCUUCCAAAACCUCUCAACGAUAUCGCAUUCAGAGUGAACAAUUUGAAGAUCUUUGGCUCAUAACAAAUGAGCUUAUUAUCCGUCUUCAGGAAUAUUUUGAAAAACAGGGAAUCAGAGAUUUCGCAUGUUCUUUUUCUGGGUCUAUGCCCCUUCAAGAAUAUUUUGAGUUGAUCGAUCAUCAUUUUGAGUUGCGGAUAAAUGGUGAAAAAUUAGAAGAACUCUUAUCUGAAAGAGCUGUACAGUUUCGGGCCAUUCAACGCCGGCUAUUAACAAGGUUCAAAGAUAAAACACCUGUGCCCCUCCAACACCUGGACACCUUGCUAGAUGGAACUUACAAGCAGGUAAUCGCUCUAGCAGAUGCAGUGGAGGAAAACCAGGACAAUCUGUUCCAGUCAUUCACCAGGCUGACAAGUGCCACCCAUUUGGUGAUCCUGCUGAUCGGGCUGUGGCAGAAGCUUAGUGCUGACCAGAUCGCUAUUCUGGAAGCGGCAUUUUUGCCACUGCAGCGGGAUACUCAGGAGUUGGGCUGGGAAGAAACAGUGGAUGCUGCCAUUUCCCACCUCUUAAAGACCUGCCUGUCGAAGAGUUCAAAGGAGCAGGCUUUGAACCUCAGCAGCCAGCUGAACAUACCCAAAGACACAAGCCGACUGAAGAAACAUAUCACCUUGCUCUGUGAUAGAUUAGCCAAAGGUGGACGUCUCUGCUUAAGUACUGAUGCCGCGGCUCCGCAGACCAUGGUCAUGCCAGGUGGGUGUACUACGAUCCCAGAAUCAGACCUAGAGGAAAGAUCGAUUGAGCAAGAUUCCCCUGAACUGUUUACCAACCACAAGCAUCUCAUUGAAGAGACACCCAUGCCUGAAGUUUCACCCCUCCAAGAAGUCUCGGAAUAGUUCAAGCAGAGAUGUCUGGUUGAGGGGAAGAUGGCCUUUCCGAGGCUGAUCCUGUGUGGACCUCAAGCCAAGCACAAAUGUAGGGCUGGCCAGGUGCUUCACCCAGCUCCCCUGCCUAGAGAUGGCACUGCGUACAGAUAGGGGCUUUUCUUUUGGUAGGAGGAUUGUAACUAGGUGACAAUCGAAAUUUGUCUUACCAGGAAAGGAUGUCGCUGCUUUUUUGUCAUUUGCCUGCUUGCAGCCAUAGGAUGUAGUGAAAUGACAUCUUCUUGGGACAGACUUUGUAGUGCAGAGAACUAUAUGCAAAAUAAUUUGAUAGCGCAUUUUUUUCUCACAGAAUUCUUAUAAUAGUAAAUGUAUCAAGUUUAAUAAAGCAUCUCGUUGUCAAACAACAUCUUGUAUUGAUUUAUAAUCAGAAGGUUAUGUUAUAUAAGUGAUUUCUUUACAUUAUUUCUUCAAAGGAAAGGAAUUGAAAACUGCUACUCUAUGGUGAGACUUGAAUGUGAUUGUUUUAUAAAUAAGAGAAACUACAGAACUUUCAUAUGAUUUACUCUAUUAGGCUAAACAUGGAAAGAGGUAAGUUUUCUGCUAUAUGAAAAUGUUAAAUUAUUUUUGAGGAAGCUAGUACAUUAACAUCCUCUUUUCAUUACCUAAUGGGGGUGGUACAUUUUUAAAAUCCAGGUUAUAAAAGGAUUCACACUUUAUUACAAUUAAAAUGUAAAGUUUUUAUAUGCAACAAAUAAAGGAAAUUUUGCCAAUUUCAAGUUAAAAUUAUAGUGGCAAGACUGAUUUAUUGAAACAAAAAUUAUGUCUGUGCCAGUUUAAAAUGCCUCUUAGUACAAAGGCGGAAAUGGUUCAUGGAUUUUCUGUAUGUGAAAUGUCAAAAACGGUGGAGGAUGUAUUGUU